CUCGAUCUCAGAUCGCAUCGAGCUCCCCCCUCUCCCUCCCACUUCUCGAAGCUCCCACGUCCCACCGUCGAACUCGGGCAGCCGAGCGGCAGGGGCGUCCCCGGCGCCGUCGAUCCCGGCCAUGGCCUGCAGCCAGUGGGCGCAAGUCCAGUGGCCCGACCGCCAGCCCCCACGCGCGAGCCUCGCGGAAUCGACCCCCCUCCGUCCGCGACAUGCUGCGGUGGAGAGUUCCCCUUCCCCGUGGCAGCAGGUGCUGGUGGCGGUUGCGCCGCGACGCUCGUCUCCCGGCCUGCUCCGACGCGGCGCAGACCUUGCCGGAGCCGCCGCGGGACGAGACGCCGAGCUCGAGCUCGGAAGCGUCAGAGCCACCGAUUCCUGAAGACCCGAGGCUGGAGGAGAUCCGAUCGGAGCUGCUUGAUUCCCCGACGAUGCUGGAGCAGUGGUGUUGUCCAGCCCGGAGUCCUCCGCAUUCGUGGUCCGCCUGCUCGUCGAGGGGGACAAGCACGGGCACAUACGCCAGAGCGUGCUCGGCGGGUUCGUGCACCACGCGCACGGGAUCAUGGGGAACAGGCAGGAGCAUGCGGUGUUCCAAGCGCUGCUGCGCUUCUCCCAGUGGCGGCACCAGGAGCUCAGCCGCAUCAUGGACGCCGCCGUGGAGCCCAACCUCGUCUCGAGGACCAACGACGGAUUCAGCUGCUCCUAUGCCCACCUGCGAUUGGGUCUAAUGCAAGCACACACAGCCUCAAGUUAAACAAGUACCAGUCGCCGGCAUUCAAUAUCUACACUACAUGCAUAGUCGUAUAGUGCUGAAACUUGUACAUGAUGCAUAAAGUUGGAGUGACUUAAUCGAGCGCUACGAGGGCAUAAAUCAUGGUGAAUAUCUGAAACUGUUGGCGGAUAUCACAAUGUUGAGGCAUGAGCGUGACCACCUGGAGGCCAGCGUGAGGAGGCAGACAGGAGAAGACCUGCCGUCCGGUGCAACCGCGGUAGAGCUCCGCGGUCUGGAGCACAAGCUAGAGUGCGUGCUGGGUAAAGUCCGUGAAACGAAGGAUAAACUGAUGGAGGAGCAGCUGGACGAAUCACACCACAGGGUGCACAUCCUGGAGGAGCAGAAUAGCUUCCUUGGCCACAUGAUUUUGAAGGUAUUGAAGCACAACCUUUGUACCCAACCUGCAAAAUGCUAGUAUAAGAUUCUUAGAUAAGGAGGCGCUCAAACAAUUUCAACUACAAGCAGAUAUUUUUCCUAAAUUCAAGACGAAAGAAGAUGUUCAAAGAAGCGCCAAGACAUUUUUGUAUAGCAAGUUAUGUAAUAAUAGUUGGGUUAUCUGGGCAUUGUGAACUCCAGAAUUUCAUAUGUCUUCUCUCUGUUUUUGAAUGAAAUGUUGUAUGUUUUAGAAUUACAAUCUUUGUUUCAUAUGAAAUAGUAAUUAUGUA